AUGAGGAGUCUGGACGGCGCGCAGAACUUUGAUCUAUCAUCGGCUACACACCCACCUUCUUCAUCCCUCCCCUUCCUAUUGCCACCCCACCCGAGCUUUCAUCUCCGUCCCUCUCUCUCUCUCUCCCUCUCUCUCUCUGCGUCUCUGAUGUCGCGCGUCCAGUUUGAUGAUGAGAAAAGCUCAGCAGAGGAGGAGGUGGUGGAGGAGGAGGAGGAGGAGAAGGAGAAGGAUCAGUCGAUUGUACCGCUCGAUGAGGAGAGAGUGCCGAUGAAAAACAUUGUCGUGUUCAAAGGAAUAAGUAUAAAAUCUGACGAUUUUUUUGUUGAAGUCGAACCGCAUAAUUCCACUGUGCAAACACCUCAAGAGUUGCGUUUCCACGAUUUGCCUAGUCAUAGCACUGAGCUCAUAGUUGUAUGUUGA